GACGCACUGAAGACUUUGGCGGUACGGAAGUAUGCUUGUCGCGUACGAGCACGUUUAUAGGACAAGAGGGAGUGGUCGCGAACGGGAUCAUUGGGGUUCUAUGAGUGGCGAUAUGCAAGUUUUCGUGACGGAAUCCUCAGCGCUAGGCCAGCCGCCCGACGGGGUGGGCGCCGUCAUUACCGAUGAGUGGUGAGCAAGCAAAGCAGGUGCGAUGCCGCAUUGCAUCCUUCUUCUCGACAAAGUACGCAAAGGUCAUGUGCUGUACCGGCCUAGCUGUGACACUCUACCUGCGAGUACCUGCUGGACUGCGCCCAACAAGGGCCACAGAUGAUGUCAUGGCAAAGUGUUGUCUGCCGUGCGCUACCUCUCGAGCACGUACGCGAAGAGCGUGGCGCUUUUAUCUUGAUCAUUCGCGAUCAUUGUACUUUGGCAUGAACGUGGGCAUGACCUGCUCCUCUUCCUGGCUUGAACCCCCGCGCUGUGUUUUGAUCAAGCUGAUGCACAUUGGCACCAACUCAGAGUGGAGGAAGUGGCAGGGACGAGACUCGAUUAUUGAUCGCUUGGAAGAUGUUCGGACGCCGUUGUAGCCGACUUCGAGGCUGCUUUACAAUGGAGGCACUUGUGCUCUGAGAAGGAGGGAUCAAGUAGCUGUCGCGAGAGAGAGAGAUGUGAGUGGCGAAU